AAGUGAUUCAGCUUAUCGCUCAUUACCUUGUUCAUUCUCAUCAUGGAGGCAGUUUGGUGGCUUUGGGCUCAGGCUAGCGUCCUGCUGGUUGUUUUUACCGUGUCUUUUGCCCAGCAGCUGGCCGUUAAGGGUGCUGCUUAUGAUAAAUGCCAGGUGUAUGAGAAAGUUCCCUGUGGAGGUCCUGCCAUUAGCAAGGAUGCUUGUGCAGCCAUAAACUGCUGUUUUGAUGGCCAGCAGUGUUACUAUGGGAAUGCAGUGACCAUGCAGUGCACCAGUGAUGGUCAGUUUGUGGUUGUGGUGGCCAAGGAUUCCACUGUGCCCCAGCUGGAUGUGACCAGUAUUUCCAUGCUGGGAGGAAAAGCUGCCCCUUGCAGCCCUGUUGCCACUACAGAUGCCUUUGCCAUAUUCACCUUCCCAGUGACUGCCUGUGGCACUGUGGUGAAGGUGGAUGGUGACUAUGUAGUGUAUGAGAACAGGAUGUCCUCCUCGUAUGAAGUUGGUGUAGGGCCCCUGGGUUCCAUCACAAGGGACUCCCUCUAUGAGCUGCUCUUCCAGUGCAGGUACUGGGGCACUGAGGUUGUCUCCCUGGUGGCUGAGUACCAACCUAUCGCAGCAGAUAUGCCAUUUCCCCUGGUUGUUCCAGGACCCCUCCGGGUAGAGCUGAGGCUGGCAAAUGGGCAGUGUUACACUAAGGGGUGUGAUGAAGGAGCUGCUGCAUAUACCUCCUACUACCAGGACAGUGACUACCCUGUUACCAAGUGGCUGCGGCAGCCUGUGUAUGUGGAGGUUCGCCUCCUGAGUAGGACAGACCCCAACCUUGUGCUGCUUCUGGACAGCUGCUGGGCAACACCUACCCCUGACCCUCUGAGCCUGCCUCAGUGGAGCCUCCUGGAAACUGGGUGCCCCAACCCAGGUGACAAGUACCUGACCACCUUGGUUCCUGUGGACGGCUCAUCUGGGCUUCCCUUCCCGACCUACUACAAGCGGUUCAUUGUGCAGAUGUUUGCAUUUGUGGACCCAGCCUCCAAGCAUCAUCUGCAGGGGCAGGUGUUCUUCCACUGUAGCACAGCUGUGUGUGCCCCUUCAGCCACUGAUAGCUGUGAGCAGAGGUGCUUCAGGAAAGGUAGGGCUGCAGUACGCAAGGACUCCUUCCGCCACAAGGCUGUGGUGUCCAGUGGGGAAGUGAAGCUGGUGACCACAAUGGGCAGAUUCCAAGCACAAGCUGUCAAGUGGUGAUGAGAAGAGCAGUGGUCACUAGUGGGUACCAUGUGGUCCCAUGGCUGCUUUGUGCCUUAAUAAAGGUGAUGAACUGUA